CACCUCCCAUACUCUGGGCGUUCUCUGACAAAAGGCUCUGGUGACCCACCGUGGAAAAGGACACCCAGGAGUUCAUAGCCGCCUGCUCCAUCUGUGUCCAUAUGAUGACAACCAAUCAGCUCCAGCCUCUUCCUAUCCCAAAACAAUCAUGCAGGCUGUGGGAGAUUUUGGUUUCUUACGACUGUGAACAUGAAUACCACAGCUCCUCUGCUGCUGCUGCUUCUCACUGCUUGUGUGGCCAGUGGUGCACUGCUGCCUAAGGCCUUAUGGCAGUUUGGGAACAUGAUUAGCUGUUCCCAGCCCGGUGUUAACCCUCUGAAGUACAGUGACUACGGCUGCUGGUGCGGCAUCGGGGGAUCCGGCACCCCUUUAGAUGAUCUGGACAGGUGCUGUAAAGUUCAUGAUAAAUGCUAUGAAACAAGCAGAAAGACGCCUGGAUGCACAGCUAUUGCUGAUCUUCCUUAUGUCAUUUCCUAUGACUACACGUGUUCAAGUAAUAAAGUGACCUGCUCAGGUGCCAACAAUAAGUGCCAGGCUGCUGUAUGUGAGUGCGAUCGUGUGGCGGCUGAGUGCCUUGCUCAAACUGAAUACAACCCUGAAUACAAAAACCUAGACACCAAAGUCCACUGUUCCAACUGAGUGACGCAACACAGAGAAAAUAUGGGAGGAUUUCUUGUUUCUUCUCAAAAAGUUUAAUGUCUUUUUGAUUUUUAAAAUCAGAUGUAAAAGGAGGCUGAUUUUGUGCAAAGGAAUCAGAUUGAAAUAAAGUAGUGAGACUCUCAA